AGCGGUGGAGCUGGUUAAAUCAGUAGUGUGCGCUGCUGGAGCAGUUCCUGGACAGAGGCAGUUGCGGAAGUGAGGCUGUUAAAGAAGGAGGGGUGGGUCAGUAAGAGUUGUGAAAGUGGAGAGCAGGAUUAUGUUAUUCUCAUUUUCUUUGAGGACAGCAGGUCGUUCACUGAGCACCAGCACACUGACCGUACCAAGAUGAUCUCAGCCCGUGUCCAGCUGCUGCUGGCCUCAUGGUUUUGUGUGUGCUCGGCUGAAGAUUACUUUCUGGAUGACCUGAUUGGGCUGGGGAGACGGUUUGAUGGUAUAGGGGGCUUAAGCGGAGGAGGGGCCACAUCACGACUUCUGAUCAACUAUAAAGAGCCUUAUCGGAGCCAAAUACUGGAUUACCUUUUCAAGCCAAACUUUGGAGCUUCACUACACAUUCUCAAAGUGGAAAUAGGUGGUGAUGCCCAAACCACAGAUGGUACAGAACCAUCACAUAUGCACAGUGAGAAAGACGAGAAUUAUUUCCGUGGUUACGAGUGGUGGCUAAUGAAGGAAGCCAAGAAGAGGAACCCAAACAUCACUCUAAUUGGCCUGCCCUGGGCGUUCCCUGGAUGGAUUGGUAAUGGGACCAACUGGCCAUACACCUUUCCAGACAUCACUGCUAACUAUGUGGUGUCUUGGGUCAUUGGGGCAAAACAUUAUCAUGACCUUGAUAUUGAGUACAUAGGGAUAUGGAAUGAAAGGGACUUUAAUGCAAAGUACAUCACAGUGCUUCGAGACGCAUUAGACAGAGCUGGUUUAAAAGAUGUCAGUAUUAUAGCGGCAGAUGGGAACUGGGAUAUUUCAAAUGCUUUGCUGACUGAUCCAUAUCUCAAUGAAGCUGUUGGUGUGAUUGGAGUUCACUACCCAGGCACCACUACAGUGAAGGAGGCUUUGCUGACUGGGAAGAGGCUCUGGUCCUCUGAGGAUUACAGCACGUUUAAUAAUGACAUUGGUGCCGGGUGCUGGGCUCGUAUUCUGAACCAGAACUACAUCAACGGCAGGAUGACCUCCACUAUUUCAUGGAAUCUGAUAGCAAGUUACUAUGAAGAUCUGUCUUUUGGCGGUGAUGGUUUGAUGACAGCAGAAGAGCCGUGGAGUGGGAACUAUGUGGUGGAAUCCCCAAUAUGGAUAACUGCUCACACCACUCAGUUCACACAACCCGGCUGGACAUAUCUGGACACUGUGGGGCAUCUUGCUCAGGGUGGAAGUUAUGUCGCAUUAACUGAUGGCAAAGGGAAUCUGACCGUUGUAAUAGAGACCAUGAGUCAUAAUCACUCUCAGUGCAUAAGGCCUGCACUUCCACCUUACAGUGUUUCCCCUCAGACGGCAACUUUUCGGCUCAAAGGUUCCUUUGCAGCACUCACUGAGCUACAGCAGUGGUACACAAAAUUUGAUUUUGAGACCAAAAAAGACGUGCUGUUUAAGAAGACUAACUCCAUUAAGAUUCAAAAUGGAUAUUUUAACUUGACUUUGGAUGUUGAUGAGGUUUAUACAAUUACAUCAGUCUCCGGUGGGCAAAAAGGCCUUUACCCUGAUCCCCCUAUAUCUGCACCUUUCCCCAGGAAAUAUUUUGAUGACUUCAAUGUCCGUAACCCCCCCUUCUCCGAGGCUCCAUAUUUUGCUGAUCAAACCGGAGUGUUUGAGUAUUUCAAUAACCUCACAGAUCCAGGGCCGCAUGCCUUCACCUUGCGCCAGGUUGUUACCCAGCGGCCAGUUACAUGGGCUUAUGAUGCUGACCAGACAAUCAGUGUUGUAGGAGACCAUAACUGGCAAGAUCUGACUGUGUCCUGUGACAUCUACAUUGAAAAUAUGAAUGGAGGUGUUUUCAUUGCAGCCAGGGUGGAUCAAGCAGGAGAAUCGGUCAAGAAUGCCAUGGGUGUCUUUUUCUGGGUAUUUGCAAAUGGAACAUACAAAGUGACCAAUGAUAUAGGUGGAAAGAAAGUUCUUGCUGAGGGAUUAUCAGGCACACAACCUGGUAUAUGGCAUACGCUGACUCUCACUGUAAAGGGGUAUUUUGCUUUUGGGAUGAUGAAUGGUUAUCCUCUCUGGAAGAAUGCUGUGGUUCUUCAACCAAAAAAUGGCUGGGCUGCAAUAGGGACCCACACCUAUGAAUUUGCACAGUUUGAUAACUUUCUGGUGAAUGCAGAGACUGAUCUUCAUUAACCGUGAAAGACACUAAGGAUGUUCCUGCAAAUGAGCUUACGAAUAUGAAUUUUUUAUCACUGUUAAAUCAAUGUUUACAGAAUUCUGAAUCACUUGAUCUUGAUCAAAUGUAUGCGUGUAUGUGUGUGUGUGUGAAUUCGUGAAAAUGUAAUGAUUGUUUUAUAAAGGGACAAAUCAUGAUAAAGAUUUUACAAUAUA